CACCAACUUUAACCGUAGACUGACCUACCCACACAAAAAACAAGGGAGAGAGAGAGAGAGGUGGACCUGACCUGACCUAGUUGUAGUUUGGGUGUGACCGCGGCGCAAGUUAGCCCACAAGUUAGCCCAUUCUGACCACGCGGCGGUGGUGGCGUCCUCAUCCAAUCAAGAUCUCAAAAUCAGCCGCACAAUAUGUCACCAAACACCACUUUCCCUACCACCACCACCAAACACUCUCUCUUCUCUUCUCUUCUUUUAACCUACCUACCCCUACCCUUUUGCUAUUCUGCGCCGCCUCUCUUCUCUCUUCCACCAUGUCCUCCCCACCACCUCCAGAUCCACCCUCCGCCCUCCCUCUCACUCUCCCAGCUCCUCCUCCCCCCUCCUCCUCCUCCACCCGCCGCCUCCCUCCGCCCUGCUGGUCCCAUGACGAGACCGUCGCCGUCAUCGACGCCUACCGCGACAAGUGGUACUCCCUCGGCCGCAGCAACCUCAAGUCCAACCACUGGCAAGAUGUCGCAGACGCCGUCGCCACCCGCUGCCCCAUCGCCUGCCCUCCCAAAACCGCCGUCCAGUGCCGCCACAAGAUGGAGAAGCUCCGCAAGCGCUACCGCAAUGAGAUCCAGCGCGCUCGCUCCCUCCCCCUCUCCCGCUUCAACUCCUCCUGGGUCCACUUCAACCGCAUGCACUCCAUGGAAAAAGGCCCCUCCCCCCUCAAACCCAACAACAACGAUUCCGGCGACGAUGACGACGCCGACAUCGAAGAUCAAGACUUGUACGACGAAUUCAAGAUCGGUUCUAACACCAGGACCUUGAAUAAACUCUAUAGGAACGGGAUUGAAGAUUCUGGUAGCGGUGGGUUCAGGAUUAGAAUUCCAAGUGGGUUAACCAUGGCGCAACCUGGGUCCAAGUUCAAUUGGAAGGCUGGUGAUCGCAAAUUGAACCCUAACCCUAACCCUAAACCUAACCCUAGACCUAACCCUAAACCUAACCCUAGCCAUGGUUAUGUGAAAGGGAAGAGGGAGAGAGACCCGAUGGGUGAGAUGGUGUCUGCGAUUAAGGCAUUCGGAGAUGCGUAUGUGAGGAUGGAGCAGAUGAAGAUGGAGAUGGCGAGGGAGUUUGAGAGUAUGCAUAUGGAGAUGGAAAUGAAGCGAACCCAAAUGAUCCUCGAGUCCCAGCAUCGAAUUGUGGAUUCUUUUGCCAAUGCGGUUUCAGAUAAGCAGAAGAAGAAGGCUAAGAGAAUGCCUUCAUCAUCCCCACAACAUUGAUAAUAGAAGCUUCCUCAACAGGCUAAUCAGUUUCCUUUCUUAAGUAAUAUUGCUUUUAGUUCUACUUUUCUUGUUCAAAUUUUACUUUUUUUUUUUUUUUUUUUUUUUAACUUGAUCAAUUUUGGUUAGGUUGGUACUGAAUGAAUCAUGAACUUGAUUCUAUUGGCCUGGCUGUUACUAAUUCUCUAGUGAUGAUUUUUCUGUUGACUUGUAGUUAAAAAUAAAAUCAGACAACAGAUUUGUUUAUGAUAUGAGAAUAUUU